AUGGCCACGAACCUCUUGCUUUUAACAUGGACAUACUUUGACACUAAGCGACACCAAAGCCCUUUUGGUUUCAAACGUGGCACAAGUUUAAGAACAAGAAACAAGGACGGUGUCUCUCCCGAGGCUCAGACGAAAAUACGAGAUAAUCGCACCUUGGAGCCCUCCUGA